CUGCCUGCGCUGUAGGAACCACUCGCUGAUACCCAUACUUCCAAUCAGAAAUCGAUAUGCGACUGUUAUCUUUAUAUAGAUGGAAUCGCAAAAGUAGAUUUUAAAGUGUGAAUUAUGUAUUAGCGUAAUCAACUGUGUCUGUGACUCAAUUAUCACAGUGUUUUAUAAGUUAAACAAUGGAGGAGUUACAUUCCUGUAGCUGUUGCUUGGUGCGACCCUCGGAGAAGGGGCUCAAAAUGUUGUAUAAACAUCUCGGCAAAACAGAAAUAUAUUACGACAUGCUGAAAGACUGCUUCGACAUAAAUCUAGGCUUAGGGUAUGAGGAGUGUGGGAUCUGCGAGGUGUGCGUGGGGAGGCUGCGAGACGCGAGUGACUUCAAGCAACAAGUGAAGCGUAGCCAGGCAGAAUUGCAGGCACGGCUCAAGGGAGUUAUCACUGCCAGUGACAAGUUCAAAAUCAAGUUGGAGAAAGCUGCUGGAGAUGAAAACAUCGUGGGUGACAUCAAGCUGGAGAAAUCUGAGGUGGAGAUGGCCGAUGGCGAGGUCGUAUCAGUGGCCAUAUACGGAGCACCAGGACCUUCAGCGGAACCCAUUUCUACUGCGUCAAAACGAGACACUUCCCCGGUGGAGGUGGCUGACACCAACCACGACGAUUCCGAUCCGGCUCCGGCUCCCAGCCGCGGCCGCGGUAAAGUACACACCUGCGACAUAUGCCAAAAAACAUUCAAGAACCCUAAUGCAAAAACCAGACUCAUGAUCCAUCGCCGCUCCCACACUGGCGAGAAGCCUUACGCGUGCAACGUAUGCGAUAAAAGAUUCAUACAAAAAAGUCAUUUGAAUACACAUUAUGCAUACCACAUGGGAAAGUUUAAAUUCUCCUGCGAAGUAUGCGACAGGAGAUUCGUACAUAAAAAUGAAUUUGUUAUACAUAUGCGGAUACACACAGGUGCAAAACCUUUUUCGUGUGAUAUAUGCAACAAAAAAUAUAGACAAAAAAGUCACUUAACCGUUCAUAAAAAGACACAUUUGAAAUUUGAUCACAGUCAAGUAGAGCCAGGAGAAAUAACAGUAUGCAAAAACGAGUUUGCAGAUGAAACUAAAGAUCAAGUAUCUUCAGACCAGCAAAUAUUCACUUGUGAUAUAUGCAAAAAACAAUUUGCAGAAGAAAGCACCUUUAACGCUCAUAAAAAUAAUCAUUCCGGGGAUUACCCAUUCACUUGCGAUGUUUGUGAGAGGAAAUUUAACACGCAGUUUGCGUUGAAAAAUCAUAAAUUUGAUCACACUGGAGGAAAACCUUACAAAUGCGAUAAAUGCAAUAAAAGAUAUACAUCAAAAUGUGCUUUAAAACUACAUUCGAAACUUCAUGACGAGGAUUAUAAGUACGCGUGUGUUGUAUGUAACAAACGAUUCAUAAAAAAGGACGCUUUGAGUAUACACCUGCGAGUACACACGGGAGAAAAGCCUUAUAACUGUGAGAUAUGUCAAAUGAAGUUUCGCUAUAGAUGUAGCUUAAAGAGACAUCUUUUAGUUCAACACAACCAAGUUAUGGACAAACAGUUCUGUUGCGAUAUUUGUGGGAAGCGAUUUGCACUACAGGGGACGUUAGCUAAACAUAUGGAUAGACAUGCCGAGAAAGAAAUGGAAGAUAAAGCGUUAAGGGAAGGGAGAAAGGAGUAUAUGUGUGAAAUAUGUAGCAAACGAUUUUCAACGAAAGGUAUCUUAAGAAAUCACAGUAUAACACACUCUGAUGAAAAACCUUUUGAAUGUGAAACUUGUCAUAAGAAAUUCCGGAAGAAGAGAAAUUUGCAGGACCACAUGAUGGUGCACGAGGACUUUAAACAACACGCGUGCGAAGUGUGCGGCCAGCAAUUUAGGCAUAAAUCUGCCUUGACAGUUCAUGUUAGAAGAGUUCACUCGACUGACAAGCCACAUGCUUGCGACGUUUGUAAAAAGGCUUUUCCAGUUCUUGCUGCAUUGAAAGAACACUAUCGUGUUCACACUGGGGAAAGACCAUAUGCUUGCGAAAUAUGCUACAAGAAAUUUCAGCGCCAUAGUGGAGUUAAGAAACAUCUUAUAAGCGUUCACCAUGAGAAACCUACGAGAUUUAUUAAAUUAAAAAACAUGAAUAAUUUUAACUAUAACUAAUUUAAAAAGAUAGUCCCAUUGAAAAAUCCAGGCUAUUUUACAUUGUGCAGUUUGUUAUAAAGAACGCUUACAUAGAUUCGUAUGCGUAAUAGUUAAAUUAAUUAUAAAAUACCCUCGAUUUUAUACUAAACAUCCAGAUAUAACGCAACGCUACGCCAGUAGGUUUCAAAAUAAGCUGGUGCAGGCCAUCCCUUUAAAACUAAAACUACAUUCAAAUAAAUGUAAUAUUUAAAUUGUUCGUGUACUGUCUGCUUAAUCAAUGUGUAAUUUUCUUAUUUUGUUCUUUUUAAGUCAGUGCAAAGUAAUCUUAGACGGACUAGGCAAUAAGUUAAGAUACAAUUAGUUGUGCAAUAAAGAUUAUGAGUACCUACCCUAUAAAUAGUUUCCAAUCUUGUUACUUGGGAAGUAGCUCCACCGUUCAGAAAUUACACCACUUUGAAUGUACAUGGUGCCUGGUGGCCCGAAAGUAUAUUGACAUUUUUUUACUGCAACAUUGUUGAUAAUUUAACAAACGUUUGAGUUUGUGUGUUAAUGCCAAAGGAGUUUAUUUUAAAAAUAUACUUUAUUAUGAUUGCAAUUUUAAUUUAUAAUUACAUUUUGUUAAAAGAUGAGUAAUUAAGAAAAUUAUUCUUAAAAUUCUUUGUCAAUGUAUUUUUGGGCUGUCCCGUAGGUAGGUACGUACAGUCGCCAUCAAAUAUAUCGGAGCUGCCGAGGUGGUCAAAAAUAUCUGAACACGCACUCUAGCGCCUUGAAAAUAGAGGCGUGUUCAGAUAUUUGUGAGCACCUUGGCCGCUCCGAUAUAUCUGAUGGCGACUUUACUAUGUGUGUAGGAUAUAAGGGGCCUACAUUUGUCCCUAAACUGUACUUAAAAGAUGGGCAACGCGCUUGUGAUAACAUGCCGUGUUACCAUCGUAGUAUAUCUUCUUCUCAGUCGUGCACCCUUGUCAGUGUGGUGGUGGCUGUUUGUAUGACGCACAUGGCUGGUCUUCAUUUCUGGUUAUGUUGGUAUUGUUAGAACUAUUAACAGUGAGCAGUGAGUCAAGUAGGUACUUUUAUUCGGACAAAUAAAAAACAAUAUGGAUUUAAGGAUUAGUAUAAUUAUACAUCAAAUAUCUACAGUUCUGAAAUCAGACAAAAUAACAUAUAUUAUUUCUAUUGAAUGGAAAAUAAAGUUUAAUAAACGUAUUUACAGCA